AUGGAGGAGGGUAAGAUAGUGUACUUGUGCAGGGACAUCAAGGACACUUUUGUUUCACUCUUUCACUUUUCCAACAGGAUCAACUACCGUCCCACUCCUAUCUCUUUGGAACACGCCUUCCAUUUGUUUUGCAGCGGAUCAAGUCCUUCGGGGCCUGUUUGGGAUCAAAUCAUGGGGUAUUUGAAGGAAAGAGUGUUGUUUAUGAGGUACGAAGAGAUGCAAAAUGAGCCUCUUGUUCAGCUGAGGCGUCUCGCAUAUUGUCUUGGAAGACCCUUCUUUCAAGAGGAAGAGAAUUCAGAGUUGCCUGAUCAUAUCAUAAAGUUGUGUAGUUUUAAUACUCUGAGCACACUAGAGGUUAACAAGACAGGAUAUUGUGCGGAUAAAUGA